AUGAACGGAGUCGUGGAAAUUGUUAUACUUGGCUCGAUGAUUGCCGCCGGCCUGUGGUCGCGAGGGGCAUACUGCGAAGAGGACUUCUUCGGACAGGCGGAACCAUCGCAGCAUGUGAUGCACAUUCGGAAGCUGUCUGAUAGUGACAAGCUGAGGAUCGAGCUGGAACCGGUGUGGUUUCAUGUGGAAUCGGCCGAACCGAAUCGACCAAGCUCCGAACAACUACAGGGAAAACGCCAAGUGAGGGACGACACUAAGCGACCGUGUAGAAUGUUUCCCAACAUUGAGCAGUUGGCACGAUACGAACGCAAGCAGGAAGACGUGUCACAAUCGGACCUGCGAAAAAGCGACGCUUCGGAAGCGUUUCUGAAGCAUUUCUGGCAGAUGGAUGACCCCAGUGAGCGUGAAAGUCACGAGGAGGCGCAAGAGUCGACCUCGCUUGAGGGACAGCUGGAGCAGACCAACCUACCGGACUGCUUCCGGAGGUAUCUCCAUGAAAUGUACGAUCGAAACAACGAGAGCGUCCGCAAGCUGAUGCGUUGUCUGGCUCAACAUCCCGAGGAAAGCUGUAACGAAGCCCGCCGAGCACAGCGGUUCCAGCCACACUACUCUGGCAGCCAGGAGGAAGACUUUUCCUCCAAGCACGAACCUCAGCGAAAGUUGUACGAACGAAAGGUAGUUCGCAAGCGAAAGUACAGCGAACAGCAAGAUUCCUCAACGGCGUCUGUUCCAGAAGAUGGAUUGAAGUUUGACAGACAAUUCAUCCGAUCGGACAGUGAUUACGGAGGUCAGGUUUUCGAGCCUGUCGAUGUACAGGACUCACAAAACGACAGUAAUGAAAGUGGUUCGUCUUCAGGUGAUGUCCAACAAAGUGACUCUGGUAACGACAGGCGUUCGGACUCAGAAGAAUCGGAACGAAUGGUAUACAACCGCAGCCAGAAUCGUGAAAGACCCUUACCAUAUAGGAGGUUACCGCAGAAAUAUAACAACCAGAAGCAAUACCAAAUGCCGUCAGAAGAAUCGGACCAGGAGUGUAGUUGCGAAGAGAGUGGGGAAACCUAUGAGCACCGUUGA